AUUUUUUCCUUCGGCAUUCAGUGACUGACGGCGCCAUAUUGAAGAUCACAAUUCCUUUCAUAUUACGCGUAAAACCACCAAUCUACCAAAAUGCUGUAUUUAGAGGACUACCUCGAAAUGAUCGAGCAGCUACCCAUGGAUCUCCGCGACAGGUUUACGGAAAUGCGAGAGAUGGACCUCCAAGUACAGAACGCUAUGGACCAGUUGGAGCAACGCGUGAAUGAGUUCUUCAUCAACGCCAAAAAGAACAAGCCGGAGUGGAGGGAGGAACAGAUGGAGGUCAUUAAAAAGGACUACUACAAGGCGCUAGAGGAUGCAGAUGAGAAGGUCCAGCUGGCCAAUCAGAUUUACGAUCUGGUGGAUCGUCACCUACGCAAGCUGGACCAAGAGCUGGCCAAGUUCAAGAUGGAGCUGGAGGCCGACAAUGCCGGAAUCACCGAGAUCCUGGAGCGACGAUCGCUGGAGAUGGACAGCCCCUCUCAGCCUGUCAAUAACCACCACGUCCACUCACACGCCACCGUAGAGAAGCGCAAGUACACAACGCCGGCUCACCACACAACGGAACACGUGCCAGAGAAGAAGUUCAAGUCCGAGGCCCUCCUGUCCACACUCACGUCGGAUGCAUCCAAGGAAAACACUCCAGGUUGUCGUGCUAACACUGUGUCGGCGGCGGCAGCGGCGGCGGCGGCGAACAGCGUGUACAGCGUCAACUCGUCUCAGCCGCUCAGCUCCUACAACCUCACCGCCCUCCCAGCAGGCCCUGGGGCCGGGGCUGGGGCCAUCACCAUGGCAGCAGCACAGGCCGUCCAGGCCACCGCUCAGAUGAAGGAGGGCAGGCGAACGUCCAGUCUGAAGGCGAGCUACGAGGCCAUCAAGAACAACGACUUCCAGCUGGGCCGGGACUUCACGGUGGGCCGUGGCGACGCCUACUCCAGCUCGGCCCUGGCCUCCACCCUCACCCAGAACCUCACGCAGCCCAGCAACAGCGCCGAGGCCCGCGGCAGCGGCCGCAAGACCAAAGGCAACAACAAGUCUUCCAACCACCAGUCGUCUUCGUCGUCCUCCUCCUCCUCCCUGUCGUCGUGCUCGUCCUCCUCUGCGCUGGCCCAUGAGCUGGUGCAGCAGGCCUCCGCGCUGCCCGAGGCCGACGCCAACAGCCAGGUGGACUGGACCUACGACCCCAACGAGCCCCGCUACUGCAUCUGCAACCAGGUGUCCUACGGUGAGAUGGUGGGCUGCGAUAACCCAGAUUGUCCUAUCGAGUGGUUCCAUUACGGAUGUGUGGGGCUGACAGAAGCCCCCAAGGGCAAGUGGUAUUGCCCCCAGUGUAACGCUGCGCUGAAGAGGAGGGGCAGCAGACACAAAUAAGCUCCUCGUGAUGCCCCCAGUGGACCCAAAGUACCCCCCCCCCCCUCUCUCCUAAAGCCCAGGAGGAUCCCAAGUACCCCCCCUCCCUCCUCUCCUCUCCUGCCACCCACCCAACCCAUCCCAACCGAACUGUCCAUCUCAGCCUUGCAGAGGCUAUUCCUGCUACGUCCCCACCGUGUGUGUGUGUGUGUGUGCGUGUGUGUGAGAGAGAGAGUAAGACACAUAUCACUGUAUCUGCAAUGUGAUUUUCCCAUAUGUAUUAGACACGACAUAUCCAUACCUCUGCCAUGUCCUUUGCCGUGUGUGUGUGUGUGUGUGUGUGUGUGUGUGCAAAACAGGUGGGUGGGGACGGUGUGGUCACACACUCAGACAUUCCUCAAGCUGCCAUGUGUGUGGGGGGGGUCGCGACCCCUGAGCAUGUUGCAGUGUGAAACGCCUCCUCUGAUACAAGCUCACACACACACGAGCAGCGUCCGCUAAACGCCAUCCUAACCAUCGCUGUCCCAUCACUCUCUCUCACACACACACACACAUACACGCGCUCACACACACAGAGUGAGAUACAGCUGUUCACUAAAGAAAAGGCUCGAACAUUUUCUAUCCCAACACCCACACACACCCACACACACACACAUAUUCUCACACAUUAGUGUAUAUUCACACACACAUUCACACCCAGUCCUCUGCUUCGAGGGUAAAGUCCAGGACGAAUAUCUGCCCAUUACUACCCAUACAGAGCGCAGCUAACUCGCCCUGAUCCGGCCCACAGUCACACCCGAUCCGGCCCUGAACUGGCCCACAGUCGCACCUGAGCAGGGCUGGAUCCGGCUCACAGUCAUAUUGGAGUUGGAUCUUAUCUGGAGGAGGAGUUUGUUGUACAUGGGUUAGUGAACUCCCUGGGUUUGUUAACUCACUUAAUUCACUCACUUAGAUAACUCUCUUAGUUAGUUAACUCUGGGUUGGUGAACUCAGGUUAAGUGGUAAAUCUCCUAGUCGAAGACCCCUGUAUCUUAAUUAACUUUCUUAGUUAGUUAACUCUGGGUUAGCUCGGAUUAAGUGGUAAAUCUCCUAGUAGUAUCUUAAUGGUCCUGGCAGGGCAAGACAGGGGGCAUGUUUUUUUAGGAGGAUUACUUCUGCUGCUGCUACUACUGCGUGCUGUGAGUUAACUUACCCAGGUGUGCCUCCCAGUCAUGCACUCGGGCUGCCUCCCUCUGGUCACAAAUUGGUGUUUGGAAACUUCAGAAUGCCAGUUGAUGAAGAAGAUAAUGAUUACAUGGAGAUGAGGAAAAAAUGUUAAAUGUCAAUUGCUGAUUGAAAGAUUUCUUUUUUUUUUUUUAAGAUGGUUGUGCUAGUUACUGGUUAAAGUGGUGUGUCCGUCAGAUUUUGUUUUGACCAAUGCUUCACCUUAAAAGUGUGAGCCCUGUAAAAUAAACAAAAAAAAAUUGUAUAGAACAAAGUGAUUAUUGAGGUAUGUGUGUUUAUACGUAAGUGCGCGUGAAUGUAUGUAAGCACGUCGGAGCGGACGUGCUGACGUAAGUGUCUGUGUGUAUGUCUUUACUAGGCCGUUCUGCACUGAAAUUGUAAUUGAACGUUUCCAGAGAUGUGGAAAGAAAAAAAAACACAAUAAAACUUUUUUUUUGGUA